UCGCGGCUUCCUGCUCCCAACUUAAUAAAAUCAUCCCCCUUUCCCCCCUCUCUCUCUUGUUUUUCUUCCACCAUCUUUGUGCCUACUACCAAACGAGAUACCCAUUGCACAACUUCCAACAAUAUUCACAAUGACUUCCAUCACACUCUCCACGCCAUCAACUGGCAAAUACACUCAACCUACGGGAUUGUUCAUCAACAACGAGUGGGUCAAGGGCGUUGACGGCAAAACAUUCGAGACCAUCAACCCAUCUACAGAAGAAGUGAUCUGCUCUGUUCACGAAGCCACCGAGAAGGAUGUCGAUAUUGCUGUCGCCGCGGCACGAAAGGCAUUCGAGGGCUCGUGGAGAAAGGAGACACCUGAGAACCGAGGCAAGCUGCUGCUCAACCUUUCCAACCUGAUCGAGAAGAACAUCGACCUGCUGGCUGCUGUUGAGUCGCUGGACAAUGGCAAGGCCUUUGCCAUGGCCAAGGGUGAUGUCGGUAUGGUUGCAGGCUGCUUGAGAUACUAUGGUGGCUGGGCCGACAAGAUUGAGGGCAAGGUGAUCGACACCAACUCCGACACCUUCGCAUACACCAGACAAGAACCUAUUGGUGUCUGCGGUCAAAUUAUCCCAUGGAACUUCCCAUUGCUCAUGUGGGCAUGGAAGAUCGGUCCUGCCGUUGCUACUGGUAAUACUAUUGUCCUGAAGACUGCUGAGCAGACACCUCUCUCGGCUCUCGUCGCUGCGAACUUCAUUAAGGAGGCUGGCUUCCCUCCAGGAGUUAUCAACAUCAUCUCUGGUUUCGGAAAAGUCGCCGGUGCCGCCAUUUCAUCGCACAUGGACAUUGACAAGGUCGCUUUCACUGGAUCCACUGUCGUCGGUCGCCAAAUCAUGAAGGCCGCAGCCGGUUCCAACUUGAAGAAGGUUACCCUUGAGCUCGGAGGCAAGUCUCCAAACAUUAUCUUCAACGAUGCCGAUAUCGAGAACGCCAUUUCUUGGGUUAACUUUGGUAUCUUCUUCAACCACGGCCAAUGCUGCUGUGCUGGUUCCCGGGUCUACGUACAAUCUGGCAUCUACGACAAGUUCAUUCAGCGAUUCAAGGAGCGUGCCACUGCCAACAAGGUCGGUGACCCAUUUGCUGCCGACACUUUCCAAGGACCACAAGUCUCUCAACUCCAAUAUGACCGCAUCAUGGGUUACAUUCAGGAGGGCAAGAAGGAGGGUGCUACCGUCGUCACUGGCGGUGAGCGUCACGGUGACAAGGGCUACUUCAUCCAGCCAACAAUCUUCUCCAACGUCACUGAGGACAUGAAGAUCAUGCAAGAAGAGAUCUUCGGCCCUGUCUGCUCGAUCUCCAAGUUCGAGACGGAGGAAGAAGUUAUCAAGGUUGGCAACAGCACCACAUAUGGUCUCGCCGCUGCGGUCCACACCUCGAACCUCAACACGGCCAUUCGUGUCUCCAACAACCUCCGUGCUGGUACCGUCUGGGUCAAUCAAUACAAUAUGCUCCACCACCAAAUCCCCUUCGGUGGCUACAAGGAAUCUGGUAUCGGACGAGAGCUCGGCGAAGCGGCUUUAGCCAACUAUACUCAAACCAAGUCGGUGUCCAUCCGCUUGGGUGAUGCUCUUUUUGGUUAAGCUGGGAAAAUCAUGGGAGUUGGAUUGAAUAUCUCUAUGUGUAUAUGACUAGCCAUAAGUAGUGCAUUUAAAUCAAAAACAAAUUGAUACUA